UAGAAGAUUAAAACCAAAAUCGGCCCCCCUUUCCCAAUCUCCAAAAUCCUUCUCUUCAGCUUCUAGAGGCGCCACCUUCAUCUUCAUUUUCUACAUUCGCGCGUGUCAUCUUCGUCUUUCCCACGUGACCUUAUUCUUCUUCCCCAUCUUCUACAUUUGAACAAUUUAAAACCCUAAAAAGAACAAAACUCAGCUCCGCAUCAGAACAAGAAGUUACGACUUACUCAACUUUGCCGGAAAACGCUGCUGGAGUUGGUCGUCAUAGAAACGCCGCCGCAACCGGCUAGAAACUCCAGUGAAAAUGGCGAGCGAUGACAAUCUAAAGACAUGGGUAUCAGAUAAGUUGAUGUCACUACUGGGGUAUUCUCAGCCCACACUUGUACAGUACAUGAUUGGACUAUCCAAGCAAGCUACUUCACCAGCUGAUUUAAUGGGAAAGCUAGUGGAGUUCGGGAUUUCAACAACAGACACCCGUGCGUUUGCGGAAGAAAUUUUUUCAAGAGUUCCUCGUAGAUCGUCCGGCUUAAAUCAAUAUCAAAAACAAGAGAGAGAAGCUGCAAUGUUGGCAAGGAAGCAGGGGACUUACACAAUUUUGAAAGAUGAUGACAAUAUUGACAAUGAAUAUAUUGGCGGUGAUGAUAAAUCGUCAAUAACUACAGCGUCUACAUCUAGAAAGCCAAACAGUCAUAAAAAACGUUUCAGGAAGAAAACUGAAGCUCAAGAUGAUCAAGAUGAUCAAGACGAUGAGGUAAUUUCAAGAAAAGAAAGGGAGAGACAAGUGAAGAGAAGAACUUCUCCUGAUGAAGAUAGUGGUUCAGAGUCAGAAGAAGAAAGAUUGAAAGAUCAAAGAGAGAAGGAGGAAUUAGUGCAGCAUAUGAGAGAGAGAGAUGCUGCAGGAACACGAAAGUUGACUGAACAAAAAUUAACACGAAAGGAGGAAGAAGAAGCAAUUCGAAGAUCUAAUGCUGCAGAGAACGAUGAUAUUCAAAAUUUGAGAAAGUUUUCAAGGCAAGAAUACUUGAAGAAAAGGGAGGAAAAAAAAUUAGAAGAACUGAGAGAUGAUAUAGAAGAUGAGCAAUAUUUAUUUGAAGGUGUGAAGCUUUCAGAAGUAGAACUUCGUGAGUUAAGGUACAAGAAAGAGAUAUAUGAACUUAUAAAAAAGCGGUCGGAGGAGGCUGACAACGUGAAUGAGUAUAGAAUGCCAGAGGCUUAUGACCAGGAAGGUGGCGUUAAUCAAGAAAAGAGAUUUUCUGUGGCUAUGCAGCGUUACAGGGACACAAAUGCUGAGGAAAAGAUGAAUCCAUUUGCUGAACAAGAGGCAUGGGAGGAACAUCAAAUUGGAAAGGCUGUGCUGAAGUAUGGUUCCAAAAAUAAAAAACAAGACGCUGACGAUUACCAGUUUGUGUUCGAGGACCAAAUUGAUUUUAUCAAAGCAUCGGUGAUGGAUGGUGACAAGUUCGAUUAUGAGGAGAUGGCCGAUUCAAUUGAAAAGUCCAAAGCAAAGUCAGCACUAGAGGCACUUCAGGAGGAAAGGAAAAAGUUACCCAUCUACCAUUACCGGGAUGAAUUGCUCCAAGCUGUUCAGGACCACCAGGUACUUGUUAUUGUUGGUGAAACUGGUUCUGGAAAGACUACACAAAUUCCCCAAUAUCUUCACGAAGCUGGCUACACAAAACAUGGAAUGAUUGCAUGUACUCAGCCACGGCGUGUUGCUGCUAUGAGUGUGGCUGCUCGAGUUGCUCAAGAAUUGGGUGUUAAACUAGGACACGAGGUUGGGUACUCCAUCCGUUUUGAGGAUUGCACAUCAGAGAAGACUAUUCUGAAAUAUAUGACAGAUGGAAUGUUGCUGAGGGAAUUUCUUGGUGAGCCUGAUCUGGCAAGUUAUAGUGUUGUGAUGGUGGAUGAGGCUCAUGAAAGAACACUCUCAACUGAUAUUUUGUUUGGAUUAGUAAAGGAUAUUUCUCGCUUCCGGCCUGAUCUUAAGUUGCUGAUAUCGAGUGCUACACUUGAUGCAGAAAAGUUUAGUACUUACUUUGAUUCUGCUCCAAUAUUCAAAAUUCCGGGGAGAAGAUAUCCGGUUGAAAUACAUUUUACCAAAGCACCAGAAGCUGACUACUUAGAUGCAGCUAUUGUCACGGCACUUCAAAUCCAUGUUACUCAAUCUCCUGGAGAUAUAUUGAUAUUCCUUACUGGUCAGGAAGAAAUUGAAACGGCUGAAGAAAUCUUGAAGCAUCGAACUAGAGGCUUAGGAACCAAAAUUGCUGAAUUAAUUAUAUGUCCUAUAUAUGCCAACCUACCAACUGAACUACAAGCUAAAAUAUUUGAACCAACUCCUGAAGGGGCCCGAAAGGUUGUCCUUGCUACCAAUAUUGCAGAAACAUCAUUGACAAUUGAUGGAAUCAAGUAUGUUAUUGAUCCAGGUUUUGUUAAGAUGAAAAGUUAUAAUCCAAAGACAGGAAUGGAGUCUUUACUAGUGUCUCCCAUCUCAAAAGCCUCAGCAAUGCAAAGAGCUGGUCGAUCUGGAAGAACAGGUCCCGGAAAAUGCUUCCGGUUGUAUACUGCAUACAAUUAUCAAAAUGAUUUGGAUGAUAACACUGUACCUGAAAUACAGAGGACUAACCUCACAAAUGUAGUUUUGACUUUAAAAAGUCUUGGUAUUCAUGACUUAAUAAACUUUGAAUUUAUGGAUCCUCCACCUGCUGAGGCCUUAUUGAAAGCCCUGGAGCUUCUAUAUGCUUUAAGUGCUUUAAAUAAGCUCGGUGAGUUAACUAAGGUAGGUAGACGGAUGGCAGAGUUCCCAGUUGAUCCUAUGUUGUCAAAAAUGAUAGUGGUUUCAGAAAAAUACAAAUGUUCAGAAGACAUCAUUUCCAUUGCUGCAAUGCUUUCUAUUGGAAACUCAAUAUUUUACCGUCCUAAGGAUAAACAAGUCCAUGCAGACAAUGCAAGGCUGAAUUUUCAUACUGGAAAUGUCGGAGACCAUAUGGCAUUGCUAAAGGUCUAUAAUUCUUGGAAGGAGACCAAUUAUUCAACACAAUGGUGUUAUGAAAAUUAUAUACAGGUAAGGAGUAUGAAACGGGCUAGGGAUAUUCGUGAUCAACUUGCAGGUCUACUAGAGAGGGUUGAGAUCGAGCUUACUACAAAUCCUGAUGAUUUAGAUGCCAUCAAGAAAUCUAUAACAUCUGGAUUUUUCCCACACUCUGCAAAAUUGCAAAAAAAUGGAUCAUAUCGGACUGUUAAACAUGCACAGACUGUUCACAUACAUCCUAGUUCAGGGCUUGCACAGCUUCUUCCAAGAUGGGUUGUGUACCAUGAACUAGUACUCACAACCAAGGAAUAUAUGAGACAGAUCACAGAGUUAAAGCCGGAGUGGUUGUUGGAGAUAGCCCCUCACUAUUACCAGCAGAAGGAUGUUGAAGACACGAGCUCCAAGAAAAUGCCCCGUGGAGAAGGACGCCCAUAGAAGCACAACCAGCUUGCACAUCUCCAAGGAUGCUUUGGUAGGAAGAGGAAGUAGAUUCAUUAGAAGGUUGCUUUUCUGGAGGGAUUAAAUGUUGCCGUUGAAACUGUAAAUAUUUUUUCUACACAUUUGGCCUUGAUUUGAGUAACCUUUGCAAGUUGCACUUGCACCCCUAGGUGUGAAUGGUGGAUAAAUACAAUAAUUUAGAGGAAAUUAUUCAUAUGAUGUCAUUUACUGACAUCAUUUUUGUCUUGUGCUUCAGCUGCGUUUUUUUGACUAGUAAUAUCCCAUUGAAUUCAUAUUAUUGUUGGUUCAAUAUUGUAAAAUUUUGCUCAGGAAACUGCUUUAAGGGCACAUUAUAGAAAAUUGAUUUGUCAAAACUCA